AUGGAGCACGCUGCUGACCUGAGCCCAGGGACAUAUGCGUUCCACGGGAGCUUACAUUUAACGCGCAAUACGCAGUACACCACGCCGCCAACGCUGCUGCAGGCCUUCGCGCAAGUCUUCGAAGUCGUUUCGUGCGCUACGAGCGCCGCCGCUGUCGCGUCCCCACGUCUCACUGUCUCGCGCUGCCUCCGCCCCGGCCACAGACACUACCACCGCUUCUUCUGUCGCAUAACUGCCGAUAUUUUGGGCCGGAUCCAUGUCACACAGUCCAUUUGUAAACCGCCCAGACGCGGCGACGAGAACGAGGACUACCAGGAGAUUAUCUAUGCGGCGGCGGACGGCUUGAAGCGGCAUCCGCCGCCGCCCGCGAAGCCCUGGCCGCUGCCGCUGAUGCUCUGUCCCCGGUGGGGUUCGCCCCUCAGCGAGCCCGAUUCUCCCGCUGCCCCCGCCCCCGCGUUGCUUGCGCUGCCUGCCCCUGCUGCCGCCACCGCCCAUCCUUCCUACCGGCGCCCCCGGUGCCAUCUGGCCCCCCCUUCCCGCGACGCCUCAUAUCUCCGGUCCGGGGCUAUCCAGUACACGUUGCGGACGACGAAUGUGUGGGCGACCCCCACAACUCGCGGUCCCCUGGUAGCUGGACCUUCCCCGCCCGCGGGCACAAACGCGCGAAGAAAACGAAAACGUUGA